AUGGCCAAAAAGUCCGCCCUCGUAGUCGGCGCGGGUGUGGGAGGAAUUUCAACUGCCGCGCGACUUGCCCGGGAGGGAUUCACGGUGACUGUGCUGGAGAAACAUGCCUUUGUUGGAGGGAGAUGUUCUAUUAUACAACGAGAUGGAUACCGCUUCGAUCAAGGGCCAUCUCUUCUCUUAAUGCGUGAAAUCUUCAGCAGAACCUUUCAAGAUCUUGGAACAUCCCUCAGUUCGGAAGGUGUAGAGCUACUGAAAUGCGAACCCAACUACUGCAUUUGGUUUCCAGAUAAUGAUAUUGUGGAGCUAUCUUCUGAUAUAACACGGUUGAAAGAGGAGGUCAUCCGACACGAGGGUAUAACGGGCCUCUCUAAGCUUUUGGACUUCCUGAAGGAGACUGGUCAAUACUACAAUUUGACCUUGGACUAUAUAAUGAACAGAGAUUUUCCACACUUCCUCAGUCUUCUGCAGCCCAAUGUCCUGAGGGCGCUCGUCGCUAUGCGCCCAUGGACUACCAUGGCUGGUAUCGUUGAGCAGUACUUUACUAGUACCAAGAUGAAGCAAGCAUGGACAUUUGCUUCUAUGUACAUGGGUAUGAGCCCAUACCAGGCACCUGGAACAUAUAGCCUGUUGCAGUACUCCGAGACCGUCGAUGGAAUUUGGUAUCCCCGUGGUGGGUUUCAAAAGGUCCUACAAGCCCUUGCAGACGUUGGUCGUAGACUGGGCGUGGACUACCGUCUACGGGCCCCAGUAGACUCUGUUCUCCUAGCUCCGGACCAACGGUCGGCAAAAGGUGUUCGGCUUAGUUCAGGCGAAGAAAUACACGCUGAUCUGGUUGUCAUAAAUGCAGACCUAGUGUAUGCCUACAAUAAUCUACUCCCAGAAUCAGGAUACGGCAGGUCAUUACAACAACGCCAUACCUCCUGUAGCAGUAUCUCUUUCUUUUGGGCAUUUGAUACCACCUUCCCACAGCUCAAAUCCCACAAUAUAUUUCUUGCAGAGAGAUAUCGUGAGAGCUUUGACUCCAUAUUCGUUGACCACAGUAUCCCAGAUGAACCCUCGUUUUAUCUGAAUGUUCCCAGUCGGAUUGACCCAACAGCAGCCCCACCUGGCAAAGACGCCGUGGUUGUGCUAGUACCAGUAGGGAGCCUGAGGGAACCGGGAACCAAUGAUAAGAAACACUGGGAGAGGAUUAUCCCAGACAUACGUGAUCUAGUUAUAAGAACAAUCGAAGAAAGGACUGGUCUUCGAAACCUGAGGUCGAAAUUGCUACACGAGACGUAUGAGACCCCUCACUCGUGGAAGGAUAAAUUUAACCUGGACCGUGGCGCUAUACUUGGGCUCUCGCACUCGUUCUUCAAUAUGUUGAGCUUUCGGCCUAGUCUCAAACAUCCGACGAUAGAUGGACUCUACUUUGCAGGAGCUAGCACCCACCCCGGCACAGGGGUCCCAGUCUGCUUAGCAGGAAGUAAGUUGGUCUGCGAGAGGAUCUUACGGGACACAAGGCUCGAGCAACGGAUUAUGUUCGCGACUGCCUAUAUUUGGGUGACGUUUACGUUGGUUGUUGUUUUGGCUACGGCGUGUGUAACUUUGCUUUACCCGAGUUGCUUGGAUAGCUUUCUAUGUCUGGUUCAGUAAGACGUGGUACUACGAAG